GCACGAGAAAAAAGCGUAAUGACGUCACCAUCGUGUUGUGUAGAAGGCUGGAGGAAGAUGGCGGGGUCCAAGGUGAAGCAGGACAUGGCUCCUCCGGGAGGCUAUGCCUCGUUUGAUUAUAAGAGGAAUCUACCGAAGCGAGGACUCUCGGGAUAUAGCAUGUUCGGCAUUGGCAUCGGUAUCAUGGUGUUUGGUUACUGGAGGCUUUUCAGGUGGAACAGAGAAAGGAGGCGCUUGCAAAUUGAGGAGAUGGAAGCCAGAAUAGCUCUGAUGCCCCUGCUGCAGGCAGAGCAUGACCGACGGACCUUACGGAUGCUGAGGGAAAAUUUAGAAGAGGAGGCGAUUGUCAUGAAGGACGUUCCAGGUUGGAAGGUUGGUGAGAGCGUCUUCCACACAGACCGCUGGGUCCCCCCUCUGUCAGAGGAGCUUUUCAACCUCCGGCCCCGUGAAGAGCUUUUGCACAAGCGUUUUGGCUUCUUGUGGUACGUGUAAGCACCACCAAGACUCAAGUGUCCUGAGCUCCAACACAAUCCACAGCCAGUAUCACAGGCUGCUGAGCCCUCGCUCAAUUCAGCUUGUAAAUGUUCAAUAAUAAAAGUAUCUCUUUUUCUGUACCUCAU